CUGCUGCAACUUUUGCAGAGACUCCUCACUCCUCAGACAUGUCGCACAAUAGCUGAAGUAAACCUGUCAUCGUGGCUCAUCAAUUUGAGCCAGGAGAAACAACACCGCGGGUGGGAUUUGAGACGCUCGGCCAUCUCUUCUGUGGCUUUUUUUUCCCUCCUCGCUCCGGAUCUUACCGUUCUUUUGACAAACGCCUGGAUAUGAAUUAUGAGCAUUUUCUCCACUAAUGAACCGGGCCAGUAAUGCAGGAGACCGCGUCGACCCUCUCAUCACUGUUUCAAGAUGGCAGAUUUUUAUUGAGUUUUGAUCAGAAAUAUUGCUUUAUUUUUUUGCCAUGAAUAACAGAAAUCCUUGCACCGAUGGCCCCUGUAUACGAAGGUAUGGCCUCGCAAGUGCAAGUGUUCUCUCCUCACACUCUCCAAUCAAGUGCCUUCUUUAGCGUAAAGAAACUGAAGGUGGAGCAGAGCUGUCACUGGGAUAUGACAGGGUACGGCACACACAGCAAAGUCUACAGCCACAACAGCAGCAAGAACGUGUCAGCCACCAGCGGCACCCUAGGCAUCAACAGCUCCCUGCAGGUCGCCAGCUCCACCCUGCCCUACGAGCAGGCUCUCAUCUUCCCAGCCAACGCUGGCCACAUUGUGGUCGCCUCGGCCAGCAGCACCUCGGGGGCCAUCGGGUCUCUGCUGGGCAGCGGCGGUGGGGGCAACAGCAGCAGCAACAGCAGCGGGGCUGGAGGUGGAGGGGGUGGAAGCGGCUUGGGCGGUGCCCUUCACAACCUGACGCGUCGCAGCACAGUGAGUCUCCUCGACACCUACCAGCGAUGUGGGCUUAAGCGCAAGAGUGAGGAGCUCGACAACAACAGCAGCGUGCAGAUCAUUGAGGAGCACGGCCCACCGAUGAUCCAAAACGGCGGAGCCACGGUGGCCACGGUGGCCACCGCCACCUCCACAGCAACGUCCAAAAACAGUGGCUCCAACAACGAGGGAGACUACCAGCUGGUGCAGCACGAGGUGCUCUGCUCCAUGACCAACACCUAUGAAGUCUUGGAGUUCCUGGGACGAGGCACCUUUGGACAGGUGGUAAAAUGCUGGAAGAGGGGCACAAACGAGAUAGUGGCAAUCAAAAUCUUAAAAAACCACCCUUCAUAUGCACGGCAGGGCCAGAUUGAGGUCAGCAUCCUGGCACGUCUCAGCACUGAGAGCGCGGACGACUACAACUUCGUGAGGGCCUACGAGUGCUUCCAGCACAAGAACCACACGUGCCUGGUAUUUGAGAUGUUGGAACAGAACCUGUAUGACUUCCUCAAACAGAAUAAGUUCAGCCCUUUGCCGCUCAAGUACAUCCGACCCGUACUCCAACAAGUUGCCACGGCGUUAAUGAAACUGAAGAGCCUGGGGCUGAUCCAUGCCGACCUGAAGCCGGAGAACAUCAUGCUCGUGGACCCAUCUCGCCAGCCCUACAGGGUCAAAGUCAUUGACUUUGGCUCAGCCAGUCAUGUCUCCAAAGCAGUCUGUUCAACGUAUCUACAAUCCAGAUACUACAGGGCUCCAGAGAUCAUCCUCGGCCUGCCGUUCUGUGAGGCCAUCGACAUGUGGUCUCUGGGCUGUGUGAUAGCUGAACUCUUCCUGGGAUGGCCCCUCUACCCCGGGGCGUCAGAGUACGAUCAGAUCCGGUACAUCUCGCAGACGCAGGGCCUGCCUGCAGAGUAUCUUUUAAGUGCAGGGACAAAGACCACCAGGUUCUUCAACAGAGAUCCAGACUCCACCUAUCCUCUCUGGAGACUCAAGACUCCGGAAGACCAUGAGGGUGAAACUGGGAUCAAGUCCAAGGAGGCGCGCAAGUACAUCUUCAACUGCUUGGAUGACAUGGCACAGGUGAACAUGACGUCGGAUCUGGAGGGCAGCGACAUGCUGGCAGAGAAGGCCGACAGGAGGGAGUUCAUCGACUUGUUAACCAAGAUGCUGACCAUCGACGCAGACAAGAGGAUCACCCCGCUGGAAACGCUCAACCACCCCUUUGUUACCAUGUCCCAUUUACUGGAUUUCCCGCACAGCACACACGUGAAGUCGUGCUUCCAAAACAUGGAGAUCUGCAAGCGUCGCGUUAACAUGUACGACACUGUUAACCAGAGCAAGACGCCCUUUAUCACCCACGUGGCCCCCAGCACCUCCACCAACCUCACCAUGACCUUCAACAACCAGCUCAACACUGUGCACAGCCAGGCCACCAACCUGGCUCCCUCCUCCACCACCAAUGCCACCCUUUCCUUUGCAAGUCCCGAAGUCUCCGUACUAAACUACCAAUCUGCACUCUACCAGCCCUCCGCUGCCUCCAUGGCAGCCGUGGCCCAGAGGAGCAUGCCCCUGCAGCCCGGGGCUCCUCAGCUCUGCGCUGCCCGCCCUGACCCCUUCCAGCAGGCGCUUAUAGUCUGCCCACCAGGUUUCCAAGGACUGCAGGCAUCCCCUUCCAAGCACACAAGUUACUCUGUGCGGAUGGAGAAUGCCGUUCCCAUAGUGACGCAAGCCCCCGGUGCCCAGCCUCUGCAGAUUCAACCUGGCCUCCUGACACAGCAGGCCUGGCCCAGCGGCACCCAGCAGAUCCUGCUGCCUCCAGCAUGGCAGCAGCUCACACACACCUCAGUCCAGCACGCCACUGUCAUCCCCGACUCCAUGAGCAGCACACAGACUCUCACAAACUGGAGGAAUUCCCACCCUCAUGGCAGUCAUUAUAAUCCCAUCAUGCAGCAGCCUGCCUUGUUGGCCGGCCACGUCACGCUCCCAUCCAAUCAGACGCUCAAUGUGGGAGUCGCUCAUGUUAUGAGGCAGCCCUCAACGAAUAAUAACUCCUCUUCCAAAAAGAACAAACAUCACCAGAUGUCUGCCAGGAACGUGUCGGCGUACGAGGUGUCGUCCUCUCAAGUCGUGCUUUCUCCGCAGCGCUCCAAGCGGGUGAAGGAGAACACGCCCCCGCGUUGCGCCGUCCUCCAAAACAGCUCAGCCUCCAACUGCCCUCUCGCUCAAGGAUGUGGGGGGAGCGUGUGGGGGUCUAAUGAACAAGAGCAGGCUUCCAGCACCACCCGCGACCAUCAGCACCAGCAUCACAUCCCCAGACAGACCAUCAUUAUCCCCGAUACGCCCAGCCCUGCAGUCAGCAUCAUCACCAUAAGCAGCGACACAGAUGAUGAAGAUGACCAGAAAGAAAACCAUGGCUCAUCUUCUAAACAGAGGAAGAAUGUCAUCAGUUGUGUGACGGUCCAUGACUCACCCGAGUCCGACUGUUCAAGCAACAACAGUCCCUAUACUUUGGAGUCCAGAGCCCCCAACAACAACAACAACUACGACACAAAGACCAUACUGGACAACUACAACAAUGGGAAUCUCCGCACCAUCAUCAUCCCCCCUCUUAAAACGCAGAACAGCGGGGUCCUGAAUGAAUGUGAGCGUCUGAUGCCAGAUGGAAUGAACCAUCAGAAUUCAUCUUACAAGUUCAAGCCCAAUGGAGUGGUAUCUGGCAAUAAUCACAUACCAGGGGGCCUGACUGGAGGGUCUUACCGACAGCAACGCUCAGGGCUACACCCACUUCAGCAACAGCCUCUCAAUCUCAGCCAGGCCCAACAGCACAUGGUAGCCGAGCGAAACGGAGGACAUCGGCGCCAGCAGGCCUACAUCACCCCCAACAUCGCCACACAAGCACCAUACUCCUUCCAUCACAACAGCCCCUCUCACACAGGCAACGUUCACCCUCACCUGGCAGCCACGCACCUGCCCAGCCAGCCCCAUCUCUACACGUACGCGGGCCCCGCCGCCCUGGGCUCCACCAGCACCGUGGCCCACCUGGUGGCAUCGCAGGGCUCGGCGCGCCACGCGGUCCAGCACGGGAGCUACCCGCCCAGCAUCGUCCACCAGGUCCCGGUCAGCAUGGGCCACCGCGUGCUUCCCUCGCCCACCAUCCACCACAGCCAGUACCAGGCCCAGUUUGCCCACCAGGCCUACAUCAGCGCUUCACCCGCCUCCACUGUCUACACUGGAUACCCGCUGAGCCCCACCAAGGUUAACCAGUAUCCUUACCUCUAGAGAAGACACUGACUGACACUGGAGAGCCUGACCCAGCGCUGCUGCAUCCGUCAACCCCCCCAUCCCACCCUGUGGCCCAAUCAACACCCUAAAUAUCCCAUCCUUGACCUCAGAUAUAAAGAGAGACAUAGGAGGAACAUGCAAUCCUCAUAAAACUAUCAUGAAACUUGAAGAUAUAACAAGAGAGGAAAAGAAAAGCCAGAGCCUCUCAAGAAGGGAAAGAUGGCUUUUGAAUUUCAGAGGGGUACCGUUCAUGUUUUCCUUUGAUUUUUAUUUCUCCUUUGAGGGCCAGUUUUUUGCUUUUGUUUGCUUACUCCCUACUUUAAGACAGAAGUGAUGUCUCAUUAGUUUUACAAGGAUGUUUGAAGCAGGUGUUUUUGGACAGUGGAAGUUUUCUGAUUCGUUUUCUUUUAUUUCCCCUCAUAUAUUUGGGAAGUGACUGUUGAACAGGGGUUACUGACUGGAAGUUUUGAAUCCCAAGAUGUUUGGGAAUAGGUGAAAUACGGAAACCUGCUGCUCUUCAAAGAAUAAAAUAUUGAUGGCCUUGAACUGUCUUAGUAUUUCCAAAUCAUUCACGGUGUGGGACAAAAAGAGAGGCAACUCAACCCACUCCGCCUUCUCCAGCAGAGGAGGCUACUGGAAAUAUAACCAACAGAAGACAACAAACUUUAUAGUGUAUUUAUAGAUAUUUUUCCUUUACGUUUCACCUUUAUGAUACUUAAGUUUUAUCUAGGUGUCUUAGCUGGGCCCCAUUCUUAGAAUGUAGCAGUCUGCACCGAUUUUUUUUUUUCUUCCCCUGAUGCCAAUAGAUUUAUUUGUUCCUCCUUUUUCAAUGUGAUUGCACAAAAGUGGUUAUAAUAACAUAGGCAUGUUCAAUGUGAUUGUCUGUGUGUGCUACUGUCAGCCAUGUGUUUGUAGUCCACCUCCCCCCAAAGACCCUCUUCAGUCGUUAGGUUUCGACCAUUUUUCCCUCGUAGUGCCUUACAGAUUUAACAACACAGUUUACUUGGCUUGGAUCUUGAAAGCCACAAGAGACUAUAGCUAUACUUAGAGGGACAUGUUUUCCUGGUUUGACAUCAUAAUCAGGGCAGUUGUAGCUUUCUUCCAGGUGUAGGCUCAGCCCUUGCUGUUUCUUGCCCGUAAUGAUAGCAUACCAUAGAUGAUGACGACUAUUGCCGGAGCAGAUACCGCCCUGAGCUUUUUUAUUAUGUUUGCAUGCCUGGGGUACUUACCAAAGUCAUAGCUAACCUCUUGUUACAUUUGCUCUGGAAAUUCAUGUAAAUAUAAAAUGUACAGAAUAGCUGUAGUUGGAAACCUCUAUCACAGUGGCACCCAAAAUGUGGCUUUAGUUAGAAAUUUCUCAAUUUUUGAAAAAAAAAACUUGUUUUUUUUUAUUCACACAAAGGAAAUAUGUGUUGUGAUUAGAGAACAAACUAUGUCAGCUCAGUUUUCAUGUGCAAGGUAUACGUUACAGUUCAAUGAUUGAGACGCAACAGAGGUUGAUUUUUUUAUUUUUGUUUAUUUGUUUGUUGGUUUUUUUAAAGGUUACGAGCUAGUCUGAGAGAAGGGCCUGACAGAAAGUGAUGGUUGCCAUGAGGGUGAUUCUGUGAGGCUACAGAUAGCCCGGCUGCAGCGGAGAGACGCAGCAUCAAGGGGUGGUUCAAGAGAGAUACUACGUAGGCUUGAGUUAAGGGACUGGUUGAAAGCAUGGAGUCAAUUUAGGGAGGGAACUCUCUCCCUGAAAUGGGACUUAAAUGAUAGAAAGUUGGCAAUGAGCAGGUUGAUAGUAACACUGAGCCCAGGUGGCUGGUAGGAGCUGUGGGUGGGCUCCACCUCCCCUGAAUGCACACUUACAUUUCUUACAUGACUUCUGUUGUUUUGUCUUUUGUUGCUGUUCAUUUCUAAGAAGAAAAAAAAUACUGGAAGGGGAUUUCUUGAGGUAUGUGCAGACAAAGAGCUGAAAAAAAAGUGAGAACAGAAGGAAAAUGACACAGCAUACACCUGGAAGGGCACCUUGUGGGUGGUUUGUCACCACUGUCCGUUUGUCUUUGAAGCAGGUACACCACAGACAUUGCCACGCCGACCAGAUGGGAUACCUGAACAUUUAUAGAACCGAUAGGGCUGUCGCUUCGUGUGUUUGCUGCUUGAUUUAACAGAUUUCCUUUUGUUGUAGCCAAUAAUACAAAUAAUCUCCCCUGUUCAUUUGUCCUAUCCAACAUGGGCACAUGGGAACUGCUGGUGGUUUAGUGAAAGCCUUCCCCUCUCUUUCAUUGUAUGCCAUAGUACUUGCAUUUGAAGUGUUUUUUUUUGUUAUUUUAUUUCUUUUUCUUUUUAACUUAACAUUAUCUUUAAUUAUUUUGACAUGGCUGUAGUACAAGUUAUGUUUAUUUUUUAGAGAUUGUUGCAAUAAUUCUUGUGGGUGGUUUAUCAAAAUGUGUGGGUGCGUGUGCGUAUGUGUGUGUGUGUGUGUGUGUAUUUUUAUUAUAUGUCCAGCUUAUUUCUAUUUUGUAAACUGGACGUCGAUGUACAGUAAUAUUUAGUAUUCUGUGGAGGUGAGUGCACCUGUGUGAAGCAUUGCAACACUGCUGAGGAUAGAAAUUGGUGAGCUGAAAAUAAUCCACCGGGGCCCUGUUGAUGCAUACUAUGGCUUGAGGGCGCCACACACACAGGUUUUAAAUCCAACAGUCCCUUGAUGGGCCCCUGGAAUUGUCUUUCAUUCUGGUACUUUCCUCAAAAACCUCUCCACUCCCAGUCAGCUCCAGCAUGCAAGCCUUGGGUCCAGACACUUGAAUAUGUGAUUACAUAAUAUGUUAUUGGUUGCAUCAUUUGUCUCUGUUCUUUUCCUUGUCUGUUUUUGUUUUUAUUUAGUGUUAUCUGCUUAAUUUCCUCUGGGUCAUCGAGGUCUAAGCACACAUGCCUAAGGGAGAUGAUUUUCCAUUGAGUUGUUUUUGGCUCCUCUGUUGUGAGGCAGACUACUGAAACAUUCCACUGUUUGAGGGAAUUGAGCAUUAUAUGUGCUACACUGCUGUCCCGACCCCCGCUCUUAUCAGCAUGGGGAUUAGUGCUGUCACACUCGAGACUUUUUUGCUUGUCCCACCAAAGAAUUUAACUGGUUGACCAUGUACAGCACAGCACAGCACAGCACAGUACAGAACAAGCAAUCCUCCGCAGCAUUCCCAGAGCAGACAUGCAAUAACUCCUGGUCUCAUGUUUAAAUGCUCAACAAGUGCUUUUGAGGUCUUGUUGUUUCACAACCCUGGAAUGCAUAUAUCUAUAGAAAAAUCCACAGUGAGGAUGAAACAUACUCAGCCAUGCAGCAUACUCAUUUCUUAAUGGACAUUCAGCUAUGAAAAGACAUGCAAUUUGUUUUAAAGCUUUUUUAAAUUCCUCUAUUCUUCACACUUAGCCCCAUUUAGGAUGAAUUAGUUUUGAAAAAUAUUAUAACCUCUCUCCAAAUUGUUUUAUAAGCCACUUAUUGUUUUCUCUCUUGUUGAUGUUGUAGCUUUAUUAGUGUUGGAAGAAGAUGAAUUUGUAUAUUAAGACAAAGAAAAAACAAACAAAAAAGGAAGGUUGUUUCACAAUAAUGUGCCAUGGAAUAGAAUGACCUGUAAAAAUGAAUUAAUCAAACUUGUAUCAUCUAUACCUUUAAAACCAUGGUCACCUGCACAAA